GUUAUCAAUCAUAUUCGCUCCUCUCCAAUUUCAUCGAAUAAAAAAAAUAAAUAAAAUAAAAAAACAGAAAACAAAUUAUCUUGGCACCCGAUAGAUAACGAAUCGCUCAUUAACACCUUCGCCCUGAUAAAGAUCGGAGAGUUAACGCAAAAAGAAAGAGAUAGAACCGUAUCACGAGCUGAUCGUGUGGUCUAUUGCGAUUCGUACGUGUGAGGGGCUCGCGUGUGUGUAACAAGAAAUACGCUCGGAGACGUAUUCGCUCGUGCAGUCGAUCGCGACGCGAGCAGAGGAACCUGCUCAGGUGUGACUUGUCGCGGUUUUUCCGUGCGAGUGCAAUGCAAACUGCGCUACCUUGUGCCUCGUAAACACGUGUUGUUACCUAAGUUCCUAGUAAUUAACGAAUUACUGACGCCACCAAACACCUGCCUACGUUUGCAGGCAAGAAACACUCUGGUCGCGCGUCAAACAAUUUGCAUACGAACGAUCUUUUUAUAUAUUGAUAUUUUAGCGAGCGCGCAGAAGGGAAGAAGCAUGUAUCGGUUUAGCCGUAAAACGAUCGUGUUCGCAAUUAUCUGUGGAUUGGUCGUGGCACAGAACGACGACCUCAACUUCCACGGUGAUUCUGACAGCUUGGUUUUCCCUGGCCCGAGCGGCAGGAAUGGAAAGUCGAAGCCAACCGUGGGACCAGCCAACAGAUUUGCAGCUACUGACAACGAACUGGAGAGAUCGCUGCAAUUAGCGAAGAAAAUCAAUUCCGUCACAUCGGUUGACGAGUUCCUUAACCUUGUCCAUGGUGUACCAGAUAGCGAGGCCUUUUCUCUUAGCGGUAGAAUGGGAGAGACCGGUGAACGUUCGAACGCCGAACGACCUGUUCCAGCUACGUGUACACCGGAAUUACAAACAGUUCCUCUGAAACAAGACGCCGAUCCUUCAACUAUUUAUUACCCCUCAUGCACCCGGGUUAAAAGAUGCGGAGGUUGUUGUAGCCAUUCGUUGCUUUCCUGCCAACCGACCGCUGUGGAAACUCGAAAUUUCGAAGUGCUCGUGACGUCGAUCGAACAAUCUUAUGGAUUGACCUAUAAAGGAAAACGGAUUGUGCCAUUAGAGGAGCACACGAAAUGUCAGUGCGACUGCAGAAUUAAGGAGGAGCAUUGUAACGAGAAGCAAUCCUACAUACCAGCGGAAUGUAGAUGCAUGUGCAACAACGUCGACGAGGAGGAGAAGUGUUACAAGAACAACGACACGAAGAUCUGGAAUCCAGAACUUUGUACCUGCUUUUGUAGAGAGGAGCAAGAAUGUUCUACUGGCUUUUACUUCGAUCAAAAUACGUGCAGAUGCCGACAAGUACCAUUGUCCAGGGCUUGGUUUCCAGCCACAAAAGGAGCUGAUUAUGGAUUUAGUCAAACACAAAAGCCAGAUGUACCACCGGUGAUAAUCGCAUUAGAUGCAACAGAUCCCAGAAGAAAACCUAAGCAGGACCCGGAAUACAAAUAAAGAUGGAUAUUUAAAAGAUAGAUCACAAGACUUAUAAAGACAGCUAUUUAAUGGAACAUGCUUAUGGUUUGACCCUCUCCCUGUGUGCCAUUCAAUUACAACAUACACCAUGUAAUUAUAGUAUUUAUGUGAUAGUAUUACUUCAACAUUGCAGGAUAUAAGUCACUGUAUUUUUAUAUAUCAAGAGACUUUGUGAUAGGAUAAAAUACAAUUAUUUAAGAUACAAUAUGUAUCUAUAAAAUAUUACAAAAAUUAAAUAUGUAUUUAUUGUUCUACUUCUACGCUUUCGUUCGAGCUACUUUGUGUCUCAUCAACAAACGACAUCUCACGCUUCUUGGCAUUUUGCAUAUACAAUGCUACUGCAUUAUUAACCUUUAAUAAAACCUCAUAAUUCUUGCUUAUGGAGGUAAUAGUUGAA